AUUUAGAAAAUUAAAAAUUUUCCGAUUUGAAAAGCUUUCACGAAUUAACGAAUUUUUUCGACUUUAACUUUUUUUUACCUUUUCGUCUGCUUUUGGAGCACGAUUUAAUUGUUGCACUUUCGGCUAAAUUAUGCGCAGAACUUUUUCUUUAGAAUUAAUCGCUAAAAAUCCGAUCACAAAACGUCUUUCGUUCCGAUCGCUGCAUGAUGUGCGGCGAUUCAGAGCAUCAGCCAGUACAACCAGCCAAAGGAGUCUAAAGUUCGAACGACCCGUGCGUUAUUUCAAUUACAAAGUCAAGCUCAAAAUACUGGCCGUUCACAUGGCGAUCAAGAAGCUAAUGAACAGGAUACUGUUCAUAGAAGAUCUGGAGCGUAACAAAUUGGGCAAAUUCAUACACGUGCAAUGUCCGGAACAGAUUUUAAGUUGGAAGUACGAAGACUGGUUGGAUACGGAGUCACACAGAUUGCUGUGGUUCAAAGUCAUCGACCGCCAGAUGUCACCUAGGCAAUUUACAAUAUGGAUGAAGCUAAAGAACUAUACGGCCAUACGGAACUGCCUCUACGAUUUGGGCGAUUGUUAUGUGAACAAAAACGAGUUUAUAAUGCCAAUGGAUGUUAUGGCGUCCAUUGUGAAAUUUCAUAACUUCGAGGCGGAAAUUUCAAAACAAGUGCAAAAGAAUGAGGCAAAGGCUGACAGAGUGCGCCUCCAACUCGUCGCCUUGGUUUUUAUUAAAAGAACCAUGGGCUCGUUAACCAAAAAACCGGAGGAUCUCUUUCUGAUAUCUAAUAUAGAGAAUAAUUAUGUGCUGCGUUUCCACAAAGUGAGAGAGGAGCAGGCCGAAAUGCGCCUACAAAUAGCCGAAAAGCGGCUAAAGAAGGAAAUCCAGAAAGCCAAGAAACGUUUUUAUGAAGAACAGUUUGCAACAACCUGCACCACGGACACCUAUUUCAAUCAGAUAGAGAAUUUGCGCCAACGCAUAGCGAAGUUAACGCUACAUUAUGACAGCGAAUACUCGCGCUUAGAUGGAAACAUAACUUACUUGAAAACAGCUAUUGAGAAAAUGCAAGCAAAUCGCUCGUACUUGGAGGAACAGAUGGCAUGGUUUAAAGAGAGCUUGCGCCUUUUCGAUGAAGGCAUAAAUCCACCCAAACUAUCAAUUACGCCCAAACCCUUAAAAAAUCUGCAUUUCCAUAAGGAACGGAGACUGACACUGCUGCGACCUCAGCGGAGUCUCAUGUCCAUAAACUCACAGACGCGAUGGUCUCUGCGUCCUAGAACUAGGCCAAAAAAGGAGACCUCAUUCUUAAUAGGUACAGAAAAUCUAGAGUAAAAUUAAAAGUAUAAAAAAAU